GAACCGAUGAUGAUCUUCCAGCAUCAUGUGAGAACAGAGAGGCAUGAAUGCAGCGGACACUGGUAAUGGAAGAGAUACCAUUGAGCUUGCUUCUAAUGGAUGAGGUGGAUUAAUCUAUUAUCUGAUUAUCGAGAACCACAGGACGGUGACCUGCGCCCCGACCAACACCGCUGUGGCAGAGGUCGCGUCACGGGUCCUUGGUGUUAUCGAAGAGUCCGGCGGCGGUGGUGCUGCAACGAAGUGUUUCUUUGGCGAUGUCGUGCUCUUCGGCAACGAGGACGGGAUGGCCGUGGACCGGAAACUUUUGAGAUGGACCUAGAUUGAUUUAACUAACAACUUGAAUCACAGGGAGCUCACAUUAGUGUUAUUAAUUUAGAUGGUUUAUAUUUAUAUUUAACUGUAUCAUGUUUGUUGAUUACUUUAGAUGAUAAUAGCUCUUGAAAGCUUACCAUGCCACAUCGAAGUAUCUGAAAAGUAAGUGCCUCCCUAACAUGAUGUUGAUUGGUUAGAUAAUUCAUUAGUGUGAAAAUCAUGGUUUUUCUUUCGUUUCAUCUGCCAGCGGGCAUAAGCAUUGGAGGAGUCAGAAAUUACCAUAAAGAUGAAGCUAAAACUUAUGGUUUGUCUAUUUUCUCUUGGGAUGAAUUUCUGAUCAUGGUAACCAUUGGGCAGCUUCCUUUAUAAAUUACAGGGUGUUCUAGACUUACAGUAGAAUAUUAUGGCGAUAAAUGGUAUGCAGUUUUUCCAUACUUGGAUUUGCUUGUGCUUACCUGAAGGGCAGUACUGAUGCUGGCUUACAGGAGAACUCAGCAGCCUUGAGCUGUUGGUUGGGUACCUUUAGAAGACGUUUUCAGUUAAGAAACGUAUUAGGGGGUAUAUGCUUGUUUAUUUUAGAUUAUAUUCUGUUUAGAUUAUAUAAUAUAACUUAUUUUAAACUAAAUAAUUUGUACAAAUUAUAAUCCUAAACAAACAGGCUCUUAGUGUAAAUGGUGCACAUAUUAAAUUGUAAUCAUCCAUUCUAGAUUCAAUGUCCUUCCAUAGCCUUCUUGUUGCCUAUAUAUUUAUCUUUGCAAAAAAGUCCUCUACCACUCCCACCCUGAACUGUGCGUGAAGAGGAAGAUGUGGAAUGAACUUGAAUUUGAUAUAGAUAGUCGUGAUUUAAUAUUUACAUCGCCCUAUGCACAAAGGUGCAUGCUCCAUCUGAAAUGUUCCUAACAGAAGGGAACCUAUCAGGUGCAUAUAGAUCUUUGAUACACAUGGUGUUUAUAUUAAAUCAUGAUCAUCCAUUCUAGAUCCAAGGUCAGAUAAGCCAUUCGUGGGGGAUUCCGUGGGAAAUAUUCGACGAAUACGUGAGAUGUGCCAUAUAUCUGUUUCUUUGUCUAAUGUUUCAGUAAAUACUAACCUAACAACCAGAGCGGUAUCUAACGUUUGCUGGUUUUGUGAUGCUAUGGAUGUCUUAAGAAUCGAAUUUCUCAUUACUGUGUUGUGCGUUUAUCUGAUGCAGCUCUUGAAGACAUGCCCAUUGCCAUUGAAACAGACAAAGCUAAAGCCCAACAUUAUGAGCUGCCAACUACAUUUUUCAAGUUAGUGCUUGGAAGGAAUCUCAAAUACAGGUUUGUGCGCACUCCUUAGUUUUAGCAAAAGACAUAUUUUCUUUGGCUGAUGUAUACUAGGAACAUGUCUGUUUAUAUGAGUGGCUGAUGGUGCAGUGUGUAGUCCCACUCCUUGGUUUUAACAAGAUACAUUCUCUUUUGUUAAUCCACACAAAUACAUUGAAUCUUCCAAUUCCUGCUAUUUCCCUGAUGAUUCAAGCACCCUAGAAGAUGCUGAGGUUGCGAUGAUGGAUCUGUAUUGUGAGAGGUCGAAACUACAAGAUGGCCAAAGCAUCCUAGAUGUUGGAUGUGGAUGGGGAUCCCUUUCACUAUACAUUGCAAAGAAAUAUAGGAACUGCAGUGUAACAGGGAUAUGCAACUCUACUACACAGAAGGCUUUUAUAGAAGAGCAAUGUAGGGAAUAUGAGCUGUCAAAUAUUGAGAUAAUCGUAGCCGACAUCAGCAAGUUUGAGAUGGAACGCUCUUUUGACAGGAUCGUAUCAAUAGAGAUGUUUGAGCACAUGAAAAACUACAAGUCGCUUCUUAAGAAGAUAUCCGGAUGGAUGAAAGAGGAUGGCCUACUAUUAAUUCACCUCUUCUGCCACAAAGCAUUUCCAUAUCACUUUGAGGAUAAAAACGAUGAUGACUGGAUCACGAGGUACUUCUUCACUGGAGGAACAAUGCCAUCUGCAAACCUACUUCUAUACUUUCAGGAGGAUGUAUCUGUGGUAUAUCAUUGGCUUGUCAGUGGCAUGCAUUAUGCUAGAACUAGAGGAAAGGUACACGAAUCCGAAACAUCUGGCCAUCCUGGACAGGUAAAUGGAGUUUCUCAAGUACCAUAUUCAUAGUAGAGGUGCCUAUUGUAAAAACAUAUCCAUAGAGUUCCAUCAGUCAUCAUGUUGCUGAAAAACCUGUUACUGGCCCUUUUGGACAAAAACUAAAGCCUGAGUGUUCCAGGUUUGUACUCGGGGUGUUGCACUGACCAAGGGAAUCGUGUUUUCACCCUCCUAACAUGUUGAUUGGUUACAUGUAUCAGUCUUGAUAGAUAAUUUAGAUUUUAGGUAAUUCCAAUUUGUUCUCAUUGGUAAGAGUAAGUGUGAUGCUGGAAUGUGGAUAAUUAGUUUAGUCAUAAAUGCCAACCUUGGUUGUGUUGCAACUUUUGAGUGUGGAUAUAAAAUUAGUGUUACCGUGAUGUUUUGCUAAACGGAUUGUGCAUGUCAUAGUGAUGUUUGUUGUUUCAUAUCUAUGGUUUAUAUUAAUUUUUAACUCUCGUGGUAAUGCACAGGCACAUACCUAUACAUACUUAAUAGUUGUGGAGAGUUGUCAUUUUCUCUCUUGUUGCUGCCCAAUUUGUUUUGUCGGCUAUUGCUAUUGUAGCGACAACAGUCACAACAAGAGGCUAAGAGAGAUAGGAUUGUUUUGUGAUGCUACAACUGCAAGAGAAAGAUGUUCACUCCAUAGCAACGCACGGGCAUUCACUAUGUAAUUUUAAGAAG